GGGGCCUGGGCCCGAGGGGAAGAUGAGCGCGCUCCUAGAGCAGAAGGAGCAGCAGGAGAGGCUGCGGGAGGCCGCGGCCUUGGGGGACAUUCGGGAGGUGCAGAAACUGGUGGAGAGCGGGGUGGAUGUGAACUCCCAAAACGAGGUCAACGGCUGGACCUGUUUACACUGGGCAUGUAAACGCAAUCAUGGUCAGGUGGUCUCUUACUUAUUACAAUCAGGAGCUGACAAAGAGAUUCUUACAACAAAAGGAGAAAUGCCAGUCCAACUGACAUCAAGGAGGGAAAUUAGGAAGAUCAUGGGAGUGGAAGAAGACGAUGGUGCCGACAGCCUCCCCCAGCUAAAGAAGGAGUCAGAAAUGCCCUUUGUUCCCAACUACUUGGCCAACCCAGCCUUCCCUUUUAUCUACACCCCUGCGGCAGAGGAUCCAGGCCAGCUACAGAAUGGGGGCCCCUCCACACCACCGGCAUCACCCCCUGCAGAUGGCUCUCCUCCAUUGCUCCCCACAGGGGAGGCUCCCCCGGCGGGGGCCUUUCCACGGGACCACACCUCUUUGGCUCUGGUUCAGAACCGGGAUGUGUCUGCCCCCUCUGCCAUACUCAGAACACCAGAAAGCACCAAACCGGGUCCUGUCUGUCAGCCACCAGUGAGUCAGAGCCGCUCGCUGUUCUCUUCUGUCCCGUCCAAGCCGCCAGUGUCUCUGGAGCCUCAAAAUGGGACCUAUACAGGCCCGACGCCAGCAUUCCAGCCAUUCUUCUUCACAGGGGCAUUUCCAUUUAACAUGCAAGAGCUGGUACUCAAGGUGAGGAUUCAGAACCCAUCUCUUCGAGAAAAUGAUUUCAUUGAAAUUGAACUGGACCGGCAGGAGCUCACCUAUCAAGAAUUGCUCAGAGUGAGCUGCUGUGAGCUGGGGGUUAAUCCAGACCAAGUGGAGAAGAUCAGAAAGUUACCCAAUACCCUGGUAAGAAAGGACAAAGAUGUCGCUCGACUCCAAGACUUUCAGGAGUUGGAAUUGGUUCUAAUGAUAAGUGAAAACAAUUUUCUGUUCAGAAAUGCUGCAUCCACACUGACUGAAAGACCUUGCUACAACAGGAGGGCUUCCAAACUGACUUAUUGACACAGUGGGGACUUUUAUCGCUGAGAGUACUGUGACAGUGUGCAGCACCUCUGGGCCAAGGCCAAGCCAUGGAUCUGAAUGCCUUGGGCUCCCGGGAGGGCCCCGGUGCCACUGUGUAGUGUACACUAACAUGGUUCUGCCAAGGUAGGAAGCCCCUGACACCCACCCCACCCCCCAGCAGCGGUGCCACUCCUCCAAGCCUCUUGGUGCACAAUAAACCGAUUGCUUGAAGCUGCAAAGAGCUGAGAAGUGGUCUGGAGAGGCAGAAGCUGGCAGUUCUGAAUCCCCUGUCUCAUGUGCCCCGAGUAUGUGAGUGGCCCCAGCAGAUGAGAGAGAGCAGAGCAGGCCUCUUACAGCCACGCCUGUAAGGUGCACCUGCAGGGCGGGCCUGGGCCUGCUCUAUGGGUGGUGCACCCUUGUGCCUCUGCACCCUGGGCCAGCUGCAGAGGAAACUGGGGAAAGCACAGGUACCGGGCAGAGACUUUUCGUGUGACUAGUGGCUGUGAAGUUUCACAUAACAUAUUUAUACACGUUACUCAGGUUCAAAGUAUUUAAGAAUACAGUUACCUAGUUGUAAGUCCGCUGUUAACCAAAAGAGCUGCCCCUACCCCCGCUACCCCUUUAAUCCUUUUUGAGUGCUCACCCGCUUCUCUGGUCCACUAUUGCCUGGACAGUCAUCGCUGCAUUAACUAUGUGGCCACUAGAGGGCUCUCUGAUGCUUUCCAGAAGAACAACAGCUAUUUUUUUUUUUUCCCCUUUUUUUUCUUUUUUUUCCUUUCAAUCUCUGAAGCGGUUCCUGUCCUCUCCAUGUUUUCAUCGCACUGUCUGAGAAGAGCACAAACAUCACCAGGUCCGUAUUCUCCACUUUCAUUUCCCACCAGAAAUGAAGAGCAUUUUUUGAAACCGAGCCUGUUGCUGUUUUUAAGGUUAUUGUGGGAAACCUGACCUAAGGGAGUUAGCCUCUUUAUUUUUGUAUCAAAGAUAAAGGUUAUUUUGAAAUUAUCAGGAUUUUUACACAACCCUGAAAUCUGUUGCUUUUGUAAACAAAGUAUUUCCCCCACCACCACCACGACAGGUCCACUUCACAAAGUCAGUUGUGAGCUUACCAGGCUUUGUUCAGGAAGACACCUGAUGAAGACUCUUGAGCCUGGCCUACGAGUUUUGUUUUGUUUUGUUUUUUGUUUUUUUAAAGAGUGCAUUCAAGAAUUCUUCUCCUUUUCCUCGGUGUCAUUAAUGUUAGAGGAGCCACUGUCUUGUUGAAACAAACAGCUCAACUUUAGAAAUAAGAUCGAGCACACUUAGACGAACAGGAGGGCAGGGGUUCGAAGCCAGCUGUUGAAGAGCAUCCCUGCUGUCUUAAGAAGCGUUUUCCCCAUAGUGCCUAUAGUUUCCAAAGAGACUUAACUUCCUAACUGUGUUAAUUUUAUUGGAACACUGCAACCGAUGGAGCGAGAACACACAGAAGGCGUCAACGGAAGAGAAUGUUGUGCUAAGCUAAUGGCCUCCUGCGGUUGCCUCAGUGCUGAGCUGACGUGGAGGUGUUUUCAAGGCCAGCUUCCUGGAGUCACUCUGUUCUGUGACUUCACCGUCCUCCACCAAUUACCCGAUGGUGACUUACCCUUGCAUGGUGUUGGCAUCACCGAGGAAAGGUUACUUAUCAUCCCUUCUCUGAAAGGCUUUGAAGAGGAAACCUCCCUUGUGUUUCAAGCAACCAGAAGCUAGUUUACCUAAAUACACUAACCUUUUUUCCUUCCCUUUGGAAAAAGUUAACAACGUACUGAUAACAUGAAGGCUAGUUCCAUCCUGAAGGAAAUAAGUCCAGUAUUAAUUUAUGUGUAAAUCACUGGGGUUAAACUCUUCUAGCCAUCUAGAUCAAUUAGAGACUCAGAAGCAGUGGAGGUCCCUGCCCGGAGGUGGCCCUACGGGAGGAGUAGCUCCAGGGCAUUUGCCGGGCUUAGAAACAGAGGUUAGCAAGGGAGACAGGGAGACCGUGGUGAAGGUGAGGGCAAGGGUGGGGCUUGGUGGCUCCGGUGGGGGCUGAGCCCUCUGCUGGCCUCUCUUCUCCUUUAAAAAGUCUUCUGUGGUCAACUGACUCCUGUGUCUGGCGGUGGGAUGAGACUGCACAGUUGAUGGUAGGUGAGUUUAAAGUCUUAAUCUAUGCAUUCAGAGAAAUAUUUUUAUAUGCUUUGUGUAAUUUAUAACAAGGACUUUUUUUUUAGCUUUGUUAACUGUGAAUUCACCCCUCCUCCACUGCAUAUUUAAAGCAUGUGUUCACACUAUGUGUAAACAUUCACUGAAGACUUUAUUCCUUGUGCAUUGCCGACUGUUCAUAACAAGUAUCAUUAAAAUAAAAUAUUAACAGACUGA